AACAGCAACCCUUCCUCCCAUCGUCUUCCUCCUCAUCGUGGGUAACAGCCGCCGCCUGCUCCCUAAAUCCUCUUCGCCACCACGGACUCGAUACCUAAAUUAAUCGCUCUGUUGAUUCGCGCCAUGGGCUUCUUCCCGCUCCACCGGCUCAUAUCCUCGCAGCAGCGGGAUCGCCGUCGCCGACGCCGCGGUGCUUCAUUAGAGAAAAGAAACCACAAGGCCUGCCUACAAGACGGUGAAGCUACUCGGGCUGUUAAGAAAGCAGGGCCAUGCCUUCCAGAGGACAUCUGGAUUCAUAUACAUUCACUUCUGCCACUACAAGAUGCUGCCCGCGCUGCCUGUGUAUCUCGCACAUUUCUACAUUCUUGGAGAUGCCGUCCCAACCUCACCUUAAGUCCGGAAACACUCAAUUUGAAAAAAAAUGGGAAUGGAGAGGGUGGCGAAAUAUCAGAUGAUGUAUCGGGAUAUCUUGCCAGGAAUAUUAACAGCAUUCUGGGGGAACACUGGGGAAUUGGUUUGAAGGCACUCAAGUUUGAAUUACUUGAUUGCCCUGAUAUAAGCUAUCGCGAUCUAAAUAGUUGGCUCUGUUUUGCUUUGAAAUCACAAGUAGAAGAACUUUCCCUUUGGCUGCAUUCUGCUUUUACGGAAGUGUACAACUUCCCAUGGUCACGUUUAUCUGAGGGGUGUGGAAACUCGAUACGGUCUCUUCAUCUCAGCUGCUGUGUUUUCCGUCCCGUGGCUGGACUUGGUUGCUUAAGAAAUCUGUCUAUUCUAGAACUGUACGGGGUGUGCAUUACAGGGGAUGAAUUAGGGUGGCUUCUAUCCACUUCCCUUGCUUUGGAGGAACUGCAUCUCAUGGAUUGUUCAGAGAUAAUUUGCCUUGAAAUACCUUGCCUGCUGGACCGACUCAGCCACCUGGUGGUAUCUGAGUGUAAAAAUCUGGAAGUAAUAGAGAGCAAAGCUCCUAAUCUAUUAAGUUUUGUUUAUACUGGUUCCCAAGUACAACUUUCAUUUGGAGAUUCGUUGCAAAACAUGACUCUUAUGGAUUCAGUUUGGAACGAGAUUAUUUGUUAUGCACGUGAAAGGCUUCCACACAUGGUGCCCAGACUAGAAUCUCUUGACAUUUGUACAUCUUUUGAGAGGGAUACGCCGGUUGUACCUGGCGAAUUCAUCUACCUCAAGCACUUGAAUUUUUCUUUUGUGGCAUGGAGUAGUGGUUUUUGCCCGGACUAUGAUUACCUAUCUCUGGUUUCUCUUCUUGAUGCUUGUCCUGCCUUGGAGACUUUCACACUAUCUGUGUCACAAGAUGGCAUGGACCAUGUCCCGGUUUCAGGAGAUCCCUCAUGUUUAAGGCAGAUGACAGGGCACCAUCAUAACAAUCUGAAGGACGUAAGCAUCUUGGGUUUCUGCUCCGCAAAGAGCAUGGUUGAGCUUACAUGCCAUAUACUAGAGAAUGCGCCUUCCCUUGAGCGUCUGGUGCUGGACCCCAGUGCUACUGAUGUCAGGGGUUGUAGUGACGAAAGCGUCUCAUGCCUUCCCAUCAGCAGGCGUAUGGUAAUGGAAUCUCGUAGAGCGGUCUCAGCAGUACAGAAUUACAUUGUGGGGAGAGUACCAUCUACGGUUGAGUUGACAAUUGUUGAGCCUUGCACCCGGUGCCAUGGUGCUGUAGCUUGAGAUGCCAAGCUAUCGUAACCUUUUUUGCGGUACUAGAUGCUCUUAAUUUUUGUGUGAAAAUGAACAUGUCAUUCAAUAUAAUGCUUUAUUUACUGUUGAAGAAUCUCCACCAAAUGUGUAACCAUGACACUUUGGUAUUUGCUUGAAUCAUCAUAUUGAUCA